AAAUUCUUAUAAAACCCCUCUCACAUAGAGAGAGAACCUAAAGAUGGCUGGUCUGCAAAGGUCGAGUGAGACCUUCAGAAGAUCAGGCUCGUCGGGGUUAGUUUGGGAGGACAGAUUCCUGUCGGAAUAUGAAACAAACGAAGAAGCCGUCGAAGGCAGAAGGCGGGCGGCCUCGAGCUCCGCCACUCCCGCAGCACCGGCUCCCUGCACAUGCAGGGUGGCGGCGGACGCCACGGGCACAGGCACGGUCCACGUGUCGCCCGUGGUGGACCCUCCGUCGCCGAAGAUCUCCGGCUGCGGCUUCUGCGCGGUCUUCAGGAAGGCUGACAGCAUGGAGAGGAGGAGGACCAAGAGCAAGAGGACCGGUCAUCGCUAAUGUCUGAAGAGGAGGCUGAAUUAAUUGACGUGGUUAGUUUUUGCACUUUAGUCCUUUAAAGUUUCAGCCUGUUCCAUCGUCGAAAUCCUGAAGCUCUGUUUUGACAAAUUGAUACCGGAAAGCCCUAGCUUUUAAAUUUUUAUUUCUCGUUUACCUUUUAAUGUUGAUAUUAAUUUCUGAGAACAAAAUUAACAUCGAAUUUCUUACGCUCUGUGUAGAGAUAUCAAAUUGUCAAAAUUGAACUUCGGAGCGUUAUCGGUAUUAAAAAGGGUGAAACCUUGGAAAAUAAGAGUGCAAAUAAUUCUUUUUUCCUUUCCUUUGUGUGUGUGUGUGUGUUUUUUUUUUUUUUUUUAUUAACAUGAUUUGUGUUGUAACUAGACAUGUGGAACAGAGUUACGUAUUGUCCACAUAGAGCAAAUAUUUUUCUUUUUAUUCUUAGAAAAAUAUUGGUAAAUUUGUGUUCUA